CUUCUGAGAGCACACAAAGUCAUAACGUACUCUUUCUGAUCCUUUUUCUCCCUAUCAAGAGAGAGAACCAAAGGGAAAUAAAAGUACUCUAAAGGAAGAUCACUGUAUCAUUAGUGUUCUCUAAUAUUAUCGUUAUGGCCAAUUCAGGUACGUUUCCGUUUACAUUUACAACAUGAUUAUCAGUAUGGGAUAUUAUUUAUUGUUUAUGAUUGAUUGUUAGAAUCAAUAAUAUGAUCAUAUGAUUAUCAGUAUGGGAUAUUAUUUAUUGUUUAUGAUUGAUUGUUAGAAUCAAUAAUAUGAUCAUAUUUUACGUUUAUGCUUACAUGUGAUAUCAGAGCCACCCAAAUUUGAUUCAUGCUUGUCUUUCAGUAGUUUAAUUAAUUUUAAUUCAGAAUCCUAAAUUCCUAAUACGAAAUCCUUAAUCCCAAUUUUUGAUUUUGGGAUAAAAACCCCAAAUUGAUAAUCCUAAAGUUUCUUAAAACCCUAAUUCAGCGUUACCUUCUCCCUCUCUCGCGUUUCUCUGCCGUGAGAUCUUCGCCGCUGAGUUUGUGGUUCAGACCGGCGAGAGGCGCGAGGCACGCAGUGGCUCGUUGUGGUUGUCGGAGGCGCGAUGGCGAUCGCGUCGCAUCUGGUUGCGUCAGCGGCGACUCAGGUGCGCGACCUGGACUCGCGACGGCAGCAUCAAUGGCGAUGGCUUCGUCUCCGGCUGCAACAGCGGCACCGAUGAUGGCCUGCGAUGGUGGUUUCGCAUCAAGCCAGUUUCGCGUCGCGAGGGUUUCGCGUUUUUGUUUCCUAUUCCGCCGCAUCUGCAGUCACGGUGGUGACGAUCUGGUUCGCGGCAUCUUCUUCUUCCUUGCGAGGUGCGCAGGGCGCAGCGGAGGUGGCCGGCGUCGUAGUGGUGGCCGACGCCGAUCAGGUUCACGAUGGCAGUUUUGUGGUGGCUAGGGUUAGAGUUUCUCUUCUGAUUCUAUUCGUGUGAGUUGCUUCUGUAUCUGCCAAUGUGAAUUCUGUUACGAUCCUCAAUGGAACAAAUUUUAAGGACUGGAAGGAGAAUAUUGAAAUUAUUCUUGGCUGCAUGGAUCUAGAUCUUGCAUUAAGGACUGAGCAACCCCUACUCCUACGACGGAUAGUACUCCUAAACAGAGGAGGGAUCAUGAGAAGGGGGAUCGCUCAAACCGCAUGAGCAUAAUGAUCAUUAGGCGCGGCAUCCCAGAGGUGUUUAGGGGCACCGUUUUUGAAGACAUUACAACUGCCAAAGAAUUCAUUGCUGAGAUUGAGAAGCGCUUUGCAAAAAGCGAUAAGGCGGAGGUAAGUACUCUUCUUCAGAACUUGAUCUCCAUGAAAUAUCAAGGCAAAGGAAAUAUCAGUGAAUAUAUUAUGAGCAUGUCUAAUAUUGUCUUCAAACUCAAGGCACUAAAGCUUGAAAUCUCAGAAGACUUACUCAUUCAUUUGGUGUUGAUUUCUCUUCCUGCACAGUUUAAUCAGUUUAAAGUAUCUUAUAACUGUCAAAAGGAUAAAUGGUCUCUUAAUGAGCUCAUUUCAUAUUGUGUGCAAGAAGAAGAAAGACAAAAGCAAGACAAGACAGAAAGUGCUCAUUUUUCAAGCACUUCAAAGGCUAAGGCUCAUUUUUCAAGCACUUCAAAGGCUAAGGGCAAAAGAAAGAGAUCGGAGGAUCCCAAGAAGGAAGCUGCUAAGGGUCCAGAACAAAAGAAACAAUAUCAGGAAAGCAAAUGUUUCUUUUGCAAUAAGACUGGACACAUAAAGAAGAAAUGUGCCAAAUAUCAUGCUUAGCGUGCAAAGAAAUGUAUGUUUCUUACUUUGGUCUGUUCUGAGGUCAAUUUAGUGUCAGUACCUAGUAACACUUGGUGGUUAGACUCAGGUGCAACUACUAACAUCAGUGUUUCUAUGAAAGGUUCCCUAAACUACCGGAAGCCAAUUGAUUAUGAAAGAUGGAUAUAUGUUGGAGAUGGCAAAUCGGUGGAGGUGGAGGCUAUUGGACAUUUUAGAUUAUUAUUAUGUAUUGGUUUUUAUUUGGAUUUGAAAGACACUUUUGUUGUGCCGUCAUUUAGACAAAAUUUAAUUUCAGUUUCUUAUUUGGACAAAUCCGGUUAUUCUUGUUCAUUUGGAAACAAUGAAUUUAGUUUGUCU